UCGGUCUGGAGCGCAGGCGCACAAGCAGCCGCUCCGGCAAAGAAAGGGGACCACAAGGCCAUCUGGGACAUGUAGUUCCGACGGAGCUCGAGCGGUGUGGCCGAGGCGGGCCGUGGCGGUUCCUGGACUCCACUUCCCAGAAUACUUCGGGAGACUCCGGGGGUCUCGUGCCCCCGAGCCAUUCAAUGAGAACGGCCGCAAUGGGCGCUGUGUCGUGGGAGUCAUCUUGGGAGGCCCGACUUCCGACACUCGUGCCUGCCUCCUGCGUGUCCUCGGCUUUGAGCCCACAGCGCUGACUGGAAGCGUUGGCAGGCGUCCGCCAAAACCCGCUCCCUGGUUGCGCCACCCUCCUCGGCGGCGGCGUCUCCCCGCCCCUGAGCUCUCGGGAUGUGGCAUGAGUGAAAAUCCAGUAAAAGGGCAGAGGAGUGGCCAAAAAGUUCAUCUUCUAGAGAGACAGGGAAGAGGAAGAGGAGGAGGAGGAGAGAAUGGCUUCUGUCUUCUGCUCAGCUCAGGUUCCCGCUUUGGUGACCUUCCGGGAUGUGGCUGUGGACUUCACCCAGGAGGAGUGGAGGCACCUGGAGCCGGCCCAGAGGGCCCUGCACAGGGACGUGAUGCUGGAGAACUUCCAGAACCUGGUCUCUGUUGGGCUUCCUGUUUCGAAAGUGGAUGUGAUCUCUCUGUUGGAGAGAGGGGAGGCGCCAUGGCAGCCUGAGGGAGGAGGCCCCCCUGACCCUUGUUAUGAUUAUCUUAAUUGGCAGACCAUAUUUGAAACCAAUGUAAUUCAGGACAUUUUCAUGAGAUCAUCAGCAAAGAAAAGUCAGCUAAAUGACAGUCCCUGUUAUCCCAAAAUGAGACAAGUUGGAAACUGUGACAUAGAGAACCAUAUGGGCAACCAGGGUGGAAAUUCCAAACAAUUAACAGUCACUUCCAGAACAACUUCUGUUGGAAGAAGUUUUAGUCUGGAGUCAGUCUUUCUUGCACUGUGGAGAGGCAGUAUGGAAAAUAGUCUUCCUAAAUACAAGACACUUGGACAGAAUUUCAGGAAUUUUUCAGAUCUAAUUUCAUGUAAUACUUUUUCCUUGGGAAAGACUCUUUCUAAGUAUAGCACACACAAGAAGCUCUUUAAUUACCAUUCAGAUCUAAUUAAAUUUCAAAGAGAACAACCUGGAGAAAAGCUACCUGCAUACAAUGAAAGUGGGAAAGCUGUUUGCAAAAGGUCAAAUAUUAAUGAACUUCAGAGAAUAUGUAUUGGGGAAAAGCAUUAUAGAUGUAAUCAGUAUGGGAAAGCUUUCAACCCUAGGGGCAGCAUGGCCAAACUUAAAAGGAUUCAUACUAGAGACAAACUCUUUGAUUGUAAUGAAUGUGGGAGAACUUUCAGCCAAAAGGCAUACUUUAUUUAUCAUCAGAAAACUCAUACAGGCAUGAAACCCUUUGAAUGUAAUGAAUGUUGGAAAACUUUCAGUAAGAGGGGACAUCUUCUUCGACAUCAGAGAACUCAUACUGGAGUCAAACCUUUUGAAUGUGAUGUGUGCGGAAAAGGCUUUAGCCAACGGGGAAACCUUAUUAGCCAUCAGAGAACUCAUACUGGAGAGAAACCCUUUGCAUGCAAUGAAUGUGGAAGAGCCUUUAGUCGGAGGACACAUCUCAUUUAUCAUCAGAGAAAUCAUACUGGAGUGAAACCCUUUGAAUGUCAUGAAUGUGGGAAAGGCUUCAUCCAGAUGGGGAGCCUUAAUAGACAUCAGAGAGCUCAUACUGGGGUGAAACCCUUUGAAUGUAAUGAAUGUGGGAAAGCCUUCAGAGAGAAGGGCUGCCUUAAAAGACAUCAGAGGAUCCAUAGUGGAGUGAAACCCUUUGAAUGUAAUGAAUGUGGGAAAACCUUCAGUAAAUUAGAAACUCUUAUUAGCCAUCAGAGAACCCACAGUGGAGUGAAACCUUUUGAAUGUAAGGAAUGUGGGAAAGCUUUCCAAGAAAAGGGAUGUCUUAAUAGACAUCAGAGAACUCACACUGGACUGAAACCCUUUGAAUGUAAUGACUGUGGGAAAGCUUUCCAGGAGAGAGGAUGCCUUAAUAGACAUCAAAGAACUCACACUGGACUGAAACCCUUCACAUGUAGUGAAUGUGGAAAAGCUUUCCGGGAGCGGGGAUGCCUUAAUAGACAUCAGAGAACUCAUACCGGAGUAAAAUCAUAUAUGUGUAAUGAAUGUGGGAAGGCAUUCAGUGAGAAAGGAAAGCUCAUUAGACAUCAAAGAAUUCACACUGGAGAGAAAACUUUCGGAUGUAAUGAAUGUGGGAAAAACUUUAGCCGGAAAGCAAAUCUUAUUAGACAUCAAAGAACUCAUACUAGGGAGAAACCCCUUGCAUGUAAUGUGUAUGAAAAAGCCUUUGGUGAGAGUAAUCGCUUCAUUUAUCAUCAAAGAAUUCGCACUGGAGAAAAAUCCUUUGACUGUGAUGAAUUUGGAAAUGUCUUUAGCCAGCAUGCAUAACUUAUUACCUAUCAGAAAAUGUAUCCUUGAGUGAAACCUUUUGUAAUUAGAGAAGGCUUUAGCAAGAAUGGAUACCUUAUUUAAUAACAGAGAAGUCACCUGGAAUGAACCUUUUUAAUAAAUCGUUCAUUUAGAACAGUAGGCCAAAAUAAUGCCCAUUAAGAGGCAGCUGGUAGCUGGUGGCUUGGUUGAUGGAGUACUUGGUGUCCUGGAGUCAGGAAGCCCUGAGUUCAAAUCCAGUCUCAGACAUUUCCUAGCAGAAUGAUCCUGGCAGGUCACUUAAAUCUCUGAUAACUUGGCAAAAAUGGAUUCACUGGAGAAGGAAAUGGCAAAUCACAGCGGUGUCUUUGCCAAGAACACCUCAAAUGAGGUCCUGAAGAGUUGGAUAUGAUGAACAGCAGCAAAAAAAAAAAAAAAUGCCUAUUCAUUGGGGAAAGACUAAACAAAUUGUGUUGCAUGAAUGCAAUGGUCUAAUACUGCACCUGUAGAAAUAAACAUGAAGAAUCCAGAGAAACACAAAAGAACUUCCAUGGAAUAAGGCUUGACCCAGAGGACUGGAAAAUAUACUUCCCUUCUUUGCAGAGUCGGGUAGAGAUGUGUAAUGUUGCAUUAUUUUGAAUAAAUUUAAUAAAGGUAGACUGAGCUACAGA